AUGACGACGACGAAGAAGAGAAUUUGUGUCAAAUCUUUUCAACAACAACAACAAUCAGUUUCUUCUACAAAUUCAAUUAUAAUUGCGGAACCUGAAUUUUACUUACCAGAUGACUGCUGGGAGCAUGUCUUCUCAUUCCUCAUCAAUCCAGUCGACGGCACUCAAGACUUUAAAUCCCUUUCUCUCGUCUCAAAACACUUUCUCUCCAUCACCAACCGUCUCAUAUUCUCUAUCAGAAUUCAUCAUCCACACCUUUGUUUACUCUCUCGUUUCUUUCAUAGAUUCUCCAACCUUAAUUCUCUCCAUCUCUGGUUCGAAUCCCGUGAUCUCGAUGCAGCCAUUGCUUUGGCUCUCCGUGACAGACCAACAUUGAAAUCUUUAUCUAUUUUCAGGCUUGCGCUAAAGGAUACAAACUGUGUUGCUUCACAUUACAUUGAUUCCUUCCUGAGUUUGAAGGGUCUGAAUUAUCUGAAGUUUUGGUGUUCACAAAUCUCUGAUGAUUUGCUUUACUCUAUUGCAAGAGAAAGUCUUCCUUUGAAGACUUUUGUUCUUGAAAAUUGUAUCGGCUAUAGUUACCCUGGAAUUUAUGAUUUACUAUCCAAGUUUCAUGGGAUACAAUAUUUGGGUCUUCAAGGUGUUGAUUUUCUAAAUAAUCAUCAUGUUUCCCGCUUGUCUUUACUUCUUCCCGACUUGUUAUCUAUAAACCUUAGUGGAUGUUCCAACCUCACCGAAUCAGCUUUGUUUGCCCUCAUUAAAAACUGUUAUUCACUUGCUGAGAUCAGAAUGGGAGGCAUAUAUGUUGAGAGAGAUAGUGUAGAAAAUUAUGAUACUUUGAAAGAUUUUGAUGUCCACCCUCAAUUAAAGUUUCUACAUUUUCCUGGAAAUUCACUUAUAAACGACGAGAUCAUCAUAUUAUUUGCUUCCAUUUUCCCCAAUUUGGAGCUUCUUGAUGUGAGUUAUAUAGAUGGUGACAUAUCUGAAAAAAGUAUUUGUCAAAUUCUAAGUAAAUGUUGUAAGGUUAGACAUUUGAACUUGGCCACAUGUAAAGAAGUGAGACGACUCAAAAUGAACUUUGUACUUCACAAGUUAGAGGUGUUGAAUUUGUCCGGUACAGAAGUUGAUGAUAAAACACUCUACGACAUCUCAAAGAGUUGUUGUGGGCUUUUACAACUAUUCCUAAUGUGUUGUAAAUAUGUCACAACUACGGGUGUGGUGCGUGUGAUUGAAAAUUGCUUAGAGUUGGAGAAGAUCUAUUUGAGAUGUUGUGAUAAAGUGAAUAUUGAUGUUGUUGUCUCAAUGCUUUCAUCAAGGCCAUCAUUAGCAGAAGUUCAUUUCCCCACCAUAAUUUAUCUUUAG